AUGAAUUCAAUAAAUCUUGAGAAUUCAGAAGAUCUGCAAUACUGCUUUGAAUUUAACAUGUCCUGCCCGAAAUCCAUCAGAUCAACAACAACCACUGUAACAAUGUACAUUUUUAUUACAAUUUCAAUAGUAAUUACAAUUCUUGGAAACUCAGUUGUGAUGAUUUCAAUUUUACAUUUCAAGCAACUGCAAACACCCACCAAUUACCUGGUGCUGUCUUUAGCUUUUGUGGAUUUUCUGAUGGGAUUUUUCGUAUUGCCUUUCAGCAUGGUUAGGUCUGUUGAAACAUGUUGGUAUUUUGGGGAUACAUUUUGUGACAUUCACUCAACUUUGGAUGUGGUGUUAACUACGGUAUCCAUAUAUAACUUGUGUUUCAUUGCGAUUGACCGUUACUAUGCAGUUUGCGAGCCUCUGCUCUACAGUAUAAAAAUGACUCUUCCUAUGACAGCUUUGAUUAUUACGUUAAAUUGGCUGUUUGCUAUUAUUUAUGGAUCCUGCGUGUUUUUGUCAGAGUUCACUAAAAAGGCAAGUGGUCAUUAUAGAACCACAAUUUCCUGUAAAGGCAGCUGUAUUGAGUAUAGGUUUGGAGGACAUAUGGAUGCAUUGAUUGUAUUAUUCAUUCCCACCUUUAUCAUUUUAGGCAUAUAUCUCAAGAUAUAUUUUGUGCAAAGGAAGCAUGCUCGAAAAAUUGGAAACAUGCCAAAUAACAUCAACUCUAAAGAAGAAAUCAAUGUUAGAGUGCUGCAGACCAAAGAAAAAACGGCUGCCAAAAACCAAGGGGUUGUGAUGGGAAUCUUUGUACUCUCUUGGCUACCUUUCUAUUUAAGCAGUAUUAUUAAUCCUUACCUUAAUUUUGCCACUCCGCCAAUUUUAUUUGAAGCUUUUACAUGGUUUGGCUUCUUUAAUUCCGCUUUCAACCCAGUGCUUUAUGCUUUCUUUUACCCCUGGUUUCGCACAGCACUAAAAUCAAUCCUUACUUGUCAGAUUCUGAGACCCGAAUCUUCUAUAAUGAAUUUGUUUCCAGAGUAA